AUGGAGAUCUUGUUCGUGAAGAAGCUGCAGUGGGUCCAGGGCCCGCUCUGGUGGGUCGCCCUGCAGGUUUCCGUGCUGUCCGCCUACGUCGCCGACACUUUCUGCGAGUUUCCCAGGGGCCUGAAGACGUCUGGCAGCACGGAGCUGACGGUCGGUCUCGUGUCCUGCACCUGGCUCGUGCUGGCCGCGGCCCUCACCAUCAGCGUCAACUGGGCUCUGUGCAUGCAGUACUAUCGCACAUGGCAGAGCCGCAACGGCACCUUCACCCUGCAGGUGUCGGGAAACCAGGCGCUGGUGGCGGGCGGCACACAGGCGAGCGACGGCGCCACGGGCCCCUAG